GUUCAAAGAAAAUUUGCAAAAUUCUUCUAACAAAAUGAGAUUCCUCGCAGUUGCUAAAUUUUUGACUAUAUGUAGUUUAGCUUGGGCCUCUACUAGCUAUCAUCAUAAGCAGCAGCAGGAUAAAGGACAAGCCACCAGUUUUGCUAUAGUAACCCAUCAUGGAAAUAUUGCUAAAUCACAAGGAGAAUGGGAAGCUAAGGAAAAGCUUAGUCGUAGCCAAGAUUACAAUGAUUAUGAAGAUUGGUACAAAACCAAUUUGGCCACCCAUGGACCAUAUAACGUUAAUCAUCAUGAUCAUAGUGGGGAAUAUAAACAUUAUAAUGAUAACCAAGCCAAAUAUGAGUAUGAAUAUGGUGUCAAGGAUUUGUUGACAGGAGAUAUUAAAAAUCAAUGGGAACGUCGGGAAGGUGAUCAGGUAAAAGGUGGCUAUUCCUUAAAAGAAGCCGAUGGCACUAUACGUAUUGUUGAGUAUACAGCUGAUGCUGUUAAUGGUUUUCGGGCAGUUGUUAGAAAAAUUGGACAAGUUGAACCUACUAAAGGUGAAACAAAACCUUUAAAUGUUGUUUUAAAAGCAAAUUAUCAACAUGAAGACUAUAAUAAUUUAAAUCAAAAUGUUGAUUAUGUUGAUAAUAUCCCACGUCAUAAUUAUAUUUAUAAAAAAGCUCAAGAUCAUGAUAAUGAACAUACUUAUGAUUAUAGUCGUUUACAUAGCUAUGAUCAUGCAUAUCAUAACACUUAUAACUAUGCUUAUGAUCACACAAAAGAUCACAGUUAUAAUCCUAAACAUCAAUUUAGUUAUUAACUUAAUCGUGAUCAUAGUAUUGAUUCUACUAGUGACUACGAUCAUUCUUAUACUAAUGAUCAUAAACCUGCAGCUAUUUAUGCCAUUUUGAAGCAACAUUAAUCGUUUAAGCUUAAUAAUUACGAUUAUUGAUGUGAUUAAUUGGUUUUAUAUAAUCUCCAAAUAAUGAAUGCU